GAAAUAUCCUCUACACUCGCUCUACAAGCAGCUAAUCCAAGUUAUUUUUAUUUUGAGGUGAAAAUAGUUGCGCUCGCGAUCGCGAUUUUUCAGUUUUGAAUAAUGAACAUUAGUGAUUGAUUUUUUUUUUAGUGAAUUAGUGAAGUUUUUUUAACGAUGAUUAACGCGUUUAUGGAUGGUAGUCAUCACCAUUUGAGUGCUUAUGGGUUGAAGAUGUCACCGACGCACAAUGGUGGAGCUGCGCCGAUACCAGCACCUCACCAAAACCCGGCGGCAGCUAUGACCGCUCCAGACAUGGGUCCUGGUGGUCAAAAUCAUCAUUUCCAAACGAAUUAUGGCCACAUGAGUCAUCUUAAUCCACAUCCUGGUUAUGCAGCUAGAGACUUUUUACUACGCCGAGAUCACCAUGAUUUUCCUACGGCACAAACAGCUCCUAGUGAUUCAAUGUUGUUCCACCAUCACUCAGAAAUGCCUCCUCAUCAUAACCUACACUUACCACCUCACCAUCAAAUGUUAUACUCACGCACCGACCAUCAUGCGGCUUACCACGCUCAACCUAACCACCAAUACAUCAACCACCAUACAAUGGCAAUGCCUCACCAUCCUAGCAACAUCCACGGUGGUUUUUUCAAAUACAUGCGACCAAUCAAACAAGAAAUGCAAUGUUUAUGGAUAGAUCCAGAUCAACCACCUCCCAAGAAAAUAUGCGGCAAACAUUUCACGACGAUGUCGGAAAUCGUCGGACAUUUGGGUGUCGAGCACGUGGGUGGGCCGGAAAUAACGAAUCACGCGUGCUACUGGCAAAACUGUUCCAGGAACGGUAGACCGUUCAAGGCGAAGUACAAACUGGUGAACCACAUUCGGGUGCACACCGGCGAGAAACCGUUCCAUUGUCCGUUUCCAGGUUGCGGGAAAGUGUUCGCACGUAGUGAGAAUUUGAAAAUCCACAAACGGACUCAUACAGGCGAAAAACCAUUCAAAUGCGAAUUCGAAGGCUGUGACAGACGUUUCGCCAACAGUUCCGAUCGAAAAAAACACUCGCACGUCCACACGUCCGACAAACCUUACAACUGUCGAGUGAACGGUUGCGACAAGUCCUACACUCAUCCCUCAUCCCUCAGGAAACACAUGAAAGUCCACGGGAUGAGCGGCCGGUCGCCUCCUCACUACGAUUCCGACGGUGAGGAAAGUAAUACUUCCAGCACGGGGUCGAUAUCGGUAGCGGUGAGUCCUCACACUCACAUGCAAAAUAGUGCGAGUGCGGGGUUGCAAGUUGUACCAGGAACUACGUCGAUUAGUGAUUGGUAUACAGGGUGUCAACCUGCGGGACCGAAUAGUCAUACGGACCCUUUGAAUGGAUUAGGUGGUCCUUUUAGUGGGUUGCAUCAUGGGGUGACGACGGCGUAUUAGUGAUUAAAAAUUUUCUGUGAAAUUGGAGAAAUAACUUAUUGAUAUUUUUCCAAGCUUAAAAAUUGUAUUUAAGGCUUCUUGUGUAUUAUAUUUGUUAAAAAAUAUUUUUGACUGUGAAUAUUAGAUAAAUAAAUAAUUAUUGUGUAUAUUUAUAAAUAUUUAAUUUUUUAAUAAAUAAAUUUUUAAUGAGCGUUCCUUCGUGCAAUUUUAACUAUUAAAUUAAUGCUUAUUUUAAUUAUCCUCAUUAUGAAAGGUUUGUGACAUUUGUGGUUUCAAUCGUAAAAAAUUUAUUUAAAUAAUGCCAAUUAUUAAUGUAAAUUCAUAAUUAACCGAAAUGGCGGACCUUAAAAAUAUAUACAUACGAAUCAAGUUUUAAGGGAAUAAAUAUUGUAAAAACAAAUUUUUAUUGUAAAUAAAGCUGUCACUAUUCAGGGAUCUCUUUGUAUAUUUCUGUCGAACUUCGCAAAGUUUACUAUAAAUAA